AGACAGACCACGGCGGAUGCACGGUGACAGACAGCAGCCGGUCCCCGCAGAGCCUUCACUCCCAGGCGGUCUCCUGAGUCGCUGAAGGAUCCGAGCGUUGUCUGAAUGGACUGACAGCUUCCAGCACUUUGUCAACGGAAAAUCCAUCUCCAGACCAGCCCUCGGCCCCACUUGCCCCGUCCCUUUAACCAACAUGAACUCCUUGCCUCACGGCUCCCGUGCCUCCAUCGACAUCCUGGAGGAGCUCCAGCUGAUUGCUGCGCAGAAUCUGGAAAAACUGGACAUCAACAAGUACUACGAGAUCAUCCGUGAGCUGGGAAAGGGCACCUAUGGAAAGGUGGACCUGGUCAUCCACAAAAUCAGAGGCACGAAAAUGGCGCUAAAGUUUCUGAAGAAAAAGACCACCAAGCUGAAGAGCUUCCUGAGAGAGUACAGCAUCUCCCUCUACCUGUCGCCCUGCCCGUUCAUCAUCAACAUGUACGGGAUCGCCUUCGAAACUGACGACUACUACAUCUUUGCUCAGGAGUACGCGCAGGCGGGAGAUCUGUUUGACAUCAUCCCUCCACAGGUGGGACUUCCUGAGGCGGUGGCGAAGCGCUGCGUGCACCAGGUGGCCAUUGCUCUUGACUACCUGCACUGCAAGAAGCUGGUGCAUCGUGACAUCAAACCCGAGAACGUCCUCAUUUUUGACCGAGAGUGCAGAAAGGUUAAGCUGUCAGACUUUGGCAUGACACGACGCGCCGGAUCGCCAGUGAAGCGCGUGAGCGGAACCAUCCCGUACACGGCCCCGGAGCUGUGCGACACCUCCCGACACGAGGGGUUCUGCGUGGAUUACAGCACAGACGUGUGGGCAUUCGGGGUGCUGCUCUUCUGCAUGCUGACAGGAAACUUCCCCUGGGAGAAGGCCAUGCCCAACGAUGCCUUCUACGAGGAGUUUGUCCGUUGGCAACGCCGUCGGACGGCCGCCGUGCCAUCGCAGUGGCGCCGCUUCACCGAUGAAGCCUUGCGAAUGUUUCGUAGGCUCCUCUCCAUCGAGCAGGAUCGCCGCUGCUCUGUCAAAGAAGUCUUCAGUUACUUUAACCAGUGCUGGAUGCUGGAUACUGAGAACGGGAACUGUAAUAGCAGCAGCGGGGCUUUGGCGAGUAGUGCGCCUCCUCUGGACAUCAGCUCGUCAUCAUCAGAGGAGGAUGUACUUGUGGACAGACUGAAGCAACAGAGCCUGUCGCCUGCCUGCGUGGCGGCAAAGGGAGGGGUCAUGAUGGACACCCAGUACUCCUCCAUGUCCACCAACAGCUCGCCGUCCUCCACCGGCAGCUACGAGCGAGUCAACAGAGAAAACAACGAAAGAGGGCGCAUCCUGGUGACCACGCCCAUUGAGAUCUGCGUGUAGAGACGGCGCAGCGCUGCCUUCGUGCUACCUGCUCACGCGUGUGUGCUGACAAAAAAGAUUUCUCCAAGUGGGAGAAAGAAGUGCGGCGAGCGAUGUUUGGCAUCGGGAAACGAAUGACAGUCUGACGUAUGUUGUAGCUUUGUCGUGGAUUUAUUCAUUUCUGAUGAAGAUGAACUCUGAGGAAAUGACCCGCGACACUCACACAGCUGUAGCUUCCUGUGUGUGGUUUCAGUUAAAGGAUUUAAAAAAGCAACCAAGAAAAGCUGAGGACAGGAAAACAAAGAAAAGAACAUAAUCCUCAAGCAAUAGGUUAAAAAAAAUAAUAAUAAAGAAAAGAAAAGAGAAACUGAAGAAGACGACGAACAUGGUUUGUGUGUAACGAGACCGUGACUUUGUGUUUAACGUGUUAGUUAUGUUCACAUUUGGUAGAUUUGUUCAUGUAAAGCGUUUUUAUUUGAAGUUAAUUUAUUUAUUUAUAUCACACAAAUUUAUUUAGUAUUUAUUUUAUCAAGUGGGACCACAGAGCUGAAGAUUGUGAGGGUUUUUUUUUUUUUUGUUCUUUUUUUCCCUUUGAGAAAUAAAAAAAAAAAAAAUUCAGCUACUACAAAAAGAAGAAUUGUAGAAGCAGGUGAAUUUUCCCUUCACAUAGGUACACAUUUCUUUGAAGGUACUUUUUGUAGAAAUCUCUGCGAAAGUCAAUGAAAACGUUCACCACAAGGUGGCAAUGUUUUUGCAUUUUAUUUAUGUUUUUUAUUUUUUUAUUUUGUAUUUCUCUGAAAGAUGACUUCAAAUCAAAACUUUUCUUGUUUUGAGUCUUUUUUUUUUUCCCCCAAACACAAAUGAGCUAAGACUAGCUUAACAUUGAAAUAGCUUGUGUUGGCAGGAUGCUACACUGACUUACUGCAUCACUUUGUGGUUCAAAGUGGUAUUACAUUAAAGUACUGCUUUGUUUAAACAGUACAAAGACGGCUUCGACAUUAUGCCGUAGCUGUUUUUGUGUUCUUCCAGAUUUAUUUUUUUAGUUUUAAUUUUAGAAGCUUUUAAGGUGUUUCUACAAAAAUUACCUUAAAGUGGCCAUGAUGUUGUGACCUCUUAAAAAAAAUUUAAUUCUUUUUUUUUUUUUUUUUGGUUUUCCCAUGAUGCCCAACAAGCUGUACAGUAGUAGUCAACUUUAGCCUACCCCCAUUAUAGGGAAGUAAUCUAAAUGCACAGUUUUUAUGGUCUGUCAAAAUUUAUCUGCUAAUAUUAUCAAAUAACUACUAAAAAUAUUCAAAACAGUUUUUCUAGUUGCAUGGUGCAAAAAUGAAAAACUGUACCCUUUUAUUGAACAGUUAGUUAUUCUCCGAUAUGUUUGGACUUUUUUUGUGGGGGGGGAAUAAGAUGUCACCAAAAUUGUUCAAGUAAAAGAGCAGAUUUGGUAUUUGGUGAUACUAUAAGUUGUCUUCUUUUUUUAGUAUUUGUUUAAUUUAAAAUAAAACUGUAAACGCUGAAAAUGUGACAGGAGAGACACGAAAUGCUUCUGAUAUCCCUUUUUUCUUUUGUAAAGUAUUGCAUGGAGUAACAUUACUGUGGUGAAAAUUUGCUAAAAUAAAACUCUGAAUUAAA